CCAUCUCCACAGUGGGAAUAAGAAGGGGUUGCAGGCCGGAGAACGGCACUCGACAAGGUGAGAGAGGACAGGCCUGGCAGGUGGCGGGGACACCACUGCCUGCGGUGAGGGCAGCGCCGAGCAUCUCCGUCCACCCCAGGUGAACAACACCGCCUUCAACCGGGGCAAGCUUCACAGCAUGGGGUUCUGGGAGGCCGUGCAGGAGGAGGACCGGGACUGUGUCUCCUUCCACGAUGUGAACCUGCUCCCCAAGGACGAUCGCAACCCCUACAUCUGUGACAUCUUCCCUGCCCACGUGUCUGUGGCCAUUGACAGGCUGCCCUACUGGGGCUACCUUGGAGGGGUGUUUGCCCUGCGCCGCAUUCACUACGUCAGGAUCAAUGGCUUCCCCAACACAUACUGGGGCUGGGAUCCGGAGGAUGAUGACGUCACUUCCAGGCUGAAACUCAGUGGGAUGCUCCUCUUACGGCCCCAUCAGCCCUUUGGCUACUACCAUAUGCUGGAGGGGCAGGACUGCAGCCAAAAGCAGAGCCCCCAGAGUCCUGGCCUUCUGGCCCGGAUCCGUCGCAAGUGGCGGCACGAUGGCAUGAACUCGCUGGGAUGCAGGCUGCUCUCCAAGGAGCUGCAGCCCCUCUACACCAGCCUCACUGUGGACAUCAGCCCCUCAGCCCCAGGAGCCCCGGUGCCAGGCUGA